CACCUGUCAACAGCCAUGCUCGGCAGGUCCGGGUACCGGGCGCUGCCCCUCGGGGACUUCGAUCGCUUCCAGCAGUCGAGCUUCGGCUUUUUGGGCUCGCAGAAGGGCUGCUUGUCCCCGGAGCGGGGCGGCGCGGGGCCAGGGGCCGAUGCACCCCAGAGCUGGCCCUCCUGCCUCUGCUAUGGCCUCAUCAGUUUCCUGGGGUUCCUGCUGCUGCUGGUCACCUUCCCCAUUUCUGGUUGGUUCGUCCUGAAGGUCGUGCCCACCUACGAGCGGAUAGUGGUGUUCCGCCUGGGCCGGAUCCGCAACCCCCAGGGACCUGGCAUGGUCCUGCUCUUGCCCUUCAUUGAUUCCUUCCAGAGAGUGGACCUGAGGACACGAGCAUUCAACGUCCCACCAUGCAAGCUGGCCUCUAAGGAUGGGGCUGUGCUGUCCGUGGGGGCCGACAUCCAAUUUCGCAUCUGGGACCCGGUGCUAUCAGUGAUGACUGUGAAGGACUUGAACACAGCCACGCGCAUGACGGCCCAGAACGCCAUGACCAAGGCCCUGCUCAAGCGGCCACUGCAGGAGAUUCAGAUGGACAAGCUCAAGAUCAGCGACCAGCUGCUGCUGGAGAUCAACGACGUGACCAGGGCCUGGGGGCUGGAGGUGGACCGCGUGGAGCUGGCGGUGGAGGCUGUGCUCCAGCCACCCCAGGACAGCCCGGCCGGGCCCAGCCUGGACAGCGCCCUCCAGCAGCUGGCCCUGCACCUCCUGGGAGGGGGUGUGAACCCAGGGGCAGGAGGUGUCCCACCCGCUGGGCCAGUGGACACCGUGGAGAUGGUGAGCGAGGUGGAGCCUCCUGCCGCCCACACUGGUGCAGGGCCCGGGCUGAAGCCGCCCAUGGCCGAGGGACUGCUGACAGCCCUGCAGCCCUUCUUGUCUGAGGCCCUGGUCAGCCAGGUCGGGGCCUGCUACCAGUUCAACGUCGUCAUGCCCAGUGGCUCCCAGAGUACCUACUUCCUGGACCUAGCCUCAGGGCGAGGGAGGGUGGGCCCCGGUGUGCCCGAUGGCAUCCCUGAUGUGGUGGUGGAGGUGGCCGAGGCUGACCUGAGGGCCCUGCUGUGCCGGGAGCUGCAGCCCCUGGGGGCCUACAUGAGCGGGCGGCUGAAGGUGAAGGGUGACCUGGCUGUGGCCAUGAAGCUGGAGGCAGUCCUCAAGGCCCUGAAGUAG